AUGAUUUCAUUCAUACUCAUCCAGAACCGCCAAGGGAAAACACGACUCGCCAAAUGGUAUAGCCCAUACACCGACGACGACAAGAUCAAGCUCAAGGGCGAAGUCCACAGACUUGUAGCACCGCGCGACCAAAAACAUCAGUCCAAUUUCGUCGAGUUCCGUGGGUCCUCGAAGGUCAUCUACCGGCGAUAUGCGGGAUUGUUCUUCUGUGCCUGCGUGGACGCCAAUGACAACUCGUUGGCAUACUUGGAGGCAAUACACUUCUUCGUAGAGGUGCUCGAUCAGUUCUUUGGGAACGUGUGCGAGUUGGAUUUGGUGUUCAACUUCUACAAGGUCUAUGCUAUUCUGGAUGAAGUCUUUCUGGCAGGCGAGAUCUCCGAGACCACACUCUGCAAAGCACUUCAGAACGGCAAGUGGGUUGACAUGGAACUUUAG